AGAUGGCUUCAUUAAUCCUCCCAAUUGUGUUAAUCUUAUCUUCGAUUUUAAAGACAAAUGCGCAGAUCAACACAGCAUGCAGCAAUUCCAUGAUAAGCAGCUUCACACCAUGCUUGAGUAUCGUCGCCGGUUCCUCUCCGAGCCGGGGUUGCUGCAACGCUUUGAAAUCGCUAGUCGAAAACAACAUGGACUGCGCUUGCCUCAUAAUCACCGGAAACGUGCCCGUCUCCAUCCCCUUCAUCAACGCCAACUUAGGAAGUACUCUGCCACGAGCUUGCAGAACCUCCAUCCCUAUGCAGUGCAAAUCCUCCGGUGUUCCCUUACCAGCUCCAGGUCCGGUAUUAUUUACGCCGCCUGCGCCACCUGCUUCGGAACCGGCCCUUCCUCGUGUUCAUGUACCUGCUUCUGCUCCUCGUCAUGCUCAUUCUCCAAAAGGUUCUAAAGCGGCGAGUGCGGCUGCUCCGCCGCCAGACGGAGGCUUGGAUAUUGCACCGGCGGCGGCGUCUCCUCCUCCUCCAAAAUUCCCAUUAGGUCCAGGUGCAAAUCCGGGGGUUAGACCAGUGGUGAACAACAACUCAUCAGCUUCGAAGCUAUUUGCCGUUUCAAUGACAUAUCUUGUUUUAGUGGUUGCAGGCAUUAUUGCUAUUUAAUUCUUCUGAUCAAUAAUAUAUUUGCAUGUAAUGUUGUUGUUCGUCAAAUUAAAGCAUGAAUAUUUCGAGCAUCAUCGACCAAUGAAACUUCAAAUUUUCUUGAAUUUAA